GGCCAUGCGGAGCCGGCGCGGGCGGCGGCGGCCGCGCAGGGCCCUGCCUGGGCAGCGGCGGGGCCUCAUGGGCCUGAGGCGGCGGUCGUGCCGGCGGGGGUAGCGUAGGCUGUCGGCUGGGGGGUGUGUCCCCCGCCACGCUCCCCGCCGCCAUGUACACCUUCGUGGUGCGGGACGAGGGCAGCAGCGUCUACGCUGAGGUAAGCCGGCUGCUGCUGGCCAGCGGGCAGUGGCGGCGCCUCCGGAGGGACAACCCCCGCUUCAACCUGAUGCUGGGCGAGAGGAACCGGCUCCCCUUCGGCAGGCUGGGCCACGAACCUGGACUCAUGCAGCUGGUGAAUUACUACAGGGGAGCAGACAAGCUGUGCCGCAAAGCAUCUCUGGUGAAGCUCAUCAAGACAAGCCCUGAGCUAUCGGAGUCCUGCACAUGGUUCCCUGAGUCCUAUGUGAUUUACCCAACAAACCUGAAGACCCCUGUGGCUCCAGCACAGAAUGGAAUUCGCCAUCUCAUAAACAACAGCAGGACAGACGAGCGGGAGGUCUUCUUGGCAGCUUACAAUAGGCGGCGGGAGGGCAAAGAAGGCAACGUGUGGAUCGCCAAGUCCUCAGCUGGUGCCAAAGGGGAGGGCAUCCUAAUUUCUUCAGAGGCUGCGGAGCUCCUGGACUUCAUCGAUGAGCAGGGACAAGUGCAUGUGAUUCAGAAAUACCUGGAGAAGCCUCUGCUUUUAGAGCCAGGGCAUCGCAAGUUUGACAUCAGGAGCUGGGUUCUCGUGGAUCAUCAAUAUAAUAUCUACCUCUAUAGAGAGGGUGUCCUGCGGACCUCUUCUGAACCAUAUAACAGUGCUAAUUUCCAGGACAAAACCUGCCACUUGACCAAUCACUGCAUUCAGAAGGAAUAUUCCAAAAAUUAUGGGCGGUAUGAGGAAGGGAAUGAAAUGUUCUUUGAGGAGUUCAACCAGUAUCUGAUGGAUGCCCUGAACACAACGCUUGAGAACAGCAUCUUACUGCAAAUCAAACACAUAAUAAGAAGCUGCCUUAUGUGUAUAGAGCCUGCAAUCAGCACGAAGCAUCUGCACUACCAGAGCUUCCAGCUCUUUGGCUUUGAUUUCAUGGUGGAUGAGGAGCUGAAAGUCUGGCUGAUAGAAGUCAACGGGGCGCCAGCGUGUGCCCAGAAGCUGUAUGCAGAGCUCUGCCAAGGAAUUGUGGAUGUAGCCAUCUCUAGUGUUUUCCCUCUCAGCGACACUGGGCAGAAGACAAGCCAGCCGUCAUCCAUCUUUAUCAAGCUGUGAUGGCAACAGGAAGAGACUGCACCCGUCGGGUCAGCACAGUGCAGUGGCUUAUCUCAGUAUUAUGCCAAAAAGUGGUAGGGACAAGCUUCUUUUCUGGGAAAACAUGGGGAAAAACAACAAAAGGGGCAUCCACACAGAGCUGCGAUGAGCGCAAACUUCUCAGACAACUCUACCUGCAUUCACCAAAACCCACUUCAGAGACUUUUUCUGAAACAAAUCUCUCUGGGAGAACAAAAUAACCUUAAAAUGAAACCCCAACAGGGAUACUAUACUACUGUAUUUGCUCCUCCUUUUUCUAUAGAGAUAACAGUGGGUUUUGUUAACGGAAUUGAGUGAAGAGAACAAUGGUCUUUCAGGAUGUCAUGGCUGGGAAGUUGUCCUCCUCCCGCUGUGUUCCUUCUUUCCUCACCUACUGCAUCAUUAGUGCCUUAGCUCAGCUCCAAAUACGUGACUCCUUUCCUUUGUUCCUGCACUAUUACAUAGAAAGGAGCAAGCUGUCUUGCAUUGCAGGAUGCCUAAAACUGGGAACACUGAGAAUUCAGUUUCCGUAGGUCAAUUUUCCAAGCUGGUUGGCUGAACACCCAGGCAACGGCUGGCAAAAGGGUGCUGAACUGCAGACGGUGACUUAACCCAAGCGAGGAAGGCAAUUUUUUUAUUUAAAGCUAUCCCUUUUUCCUAAUGAGAUAUGAAUCAGUGUCCAUCCCAGUCUGAUGCAGUUGGAUUCUGUCUGAAAGAGGUAGAGAGAGCCCCUCUGGGCUCACUGGCAGGCUGUAGGAUUUCUAGCAUCCUUUUUGUGCUCAGAGUGUUUCAAAUAGAAGAAACCCCAUCUCCUCAGUUUCUUCUGAGGCAGUGAAUUUAGACUCUUCCCUCAGCUUUUACCUCCAUGCGUUUGAGGCUUGAACCUGAAACCUUUCAACUCACAUGAUUUUUAUCCCAUUUGAUCCAGCCAAUUCUCCUCCAUUUGACAAGUACUGAACUUUUCUGCCCUCACCACAGUCCCAACUAGAAAGAAGGUGGAUGAGGUUUUGUAGACCAGGAGAGAGAUUCCGUAUGUGUAGGUUUGGCACACAGCUGGGAAGGCAGGUGUUUGGGAGUAGGAGGGGAGGUUAAAUUCCUUCAAGUCUCUGAAUUUCAAAGCUACUUUAAAUAGAACCUAAAUUUCUGCCAUAUUGCCCACCCCAUGAAGUGUAUCUGAAUUUCCAGAGUGAGCUCAUCACACCUUCCCCUAAGACAGAUGUCUUUGCAGAGCACAGAGGCACUUGGGGAUGUUCAGGGCUGUGUUCAGCUUUGUCAGGGAGAUGAUUGGCACCAAAAUGAACCAAUUCCUGUUACUUAAACAAGCAGAGAUUGUGGCGGUUACAAGCUUCUGUCUGCCUGUGUGUAAUGGGAAGUGAAUCAAGCAAUGGGAUUUCUGCCUCUCUCUGAAGAUUCUAGUGCUUUGGCAUACUAAUGUGUGCUUGUGAUCAAUUUCAGAGGUCUUUGUGCCAGCAGAUGAUUCUGGCAUCUUUCUAUAGACAGGACUGAAGUGCCCAGGCCUCCUUGGAGUUAUGCAGUUGGAUCAUGCUCUUGUGGAAUGGACAUUCAUUGUGACAUGCUGUGAAUCCCCAAGUGGCACCAUUUCACGCAAGGAUACUCAAAGCCAGGAGGGAACAGAGUGUUUAGCAAAACCUCACUGAAGCAUCGCAGAGAGAGCACAUCCCAAAGAGCCACAUGAGCACCUCUGAAGUUGUCAGCAGCCUGAAUCACAGCAGCAGUCCACGUCUGCAGGGGCGGUGUGGUGGAUCAGUGGUACACUGGUGCAUGCUGAGAAGUGAUAGGGAGCAGGAGCUGUGUGAAAAUGGGGCUAUGGCUUUGUUCCCCUGCACUGUGAAUGCAUCAGCAAGAGGCCUGAGCGUCAGCUCUGGUCUCUAGAUUUGGGCUUUGUGCAUGUUCUGAAGAGGGACCGUGAAGGCGGUGGUUCCUUAGAUGGGAAGCACUGGGUGAUAAGCUGGGAGAGGGGUGCGGGGGAAGGACUGGUUGGGGUUUUUAACCUUUUGAUAGCACUUAGGUGUCAAAAUUUCACUGCAGGCCAGGUAAAGUGUAGUGGUAACACUCUAAAGUGAAAUGUAGGCUGUAACAGUUAUUGCUUGCAAAGCUCACUCACGUCUCAGUUGGCAUUUUCACAUGUUGGCUCAUGUGAGCUAAAAAAGGACACCUUUUUGCCAAGCAAAGGGAAGGUCUAAUAGCAGUCACUCUGGUCCAGGAUGUACCUGAGGUGACAGAGGAGAUGCUGGGCUCUUGCAAACUCUAGGAUAGGUAAAAGCAGAGCAGGAAGUGAGAAUACUUUCCCCAUCAUAAUGAAAUGAGAAAUGCUCAUUUUCAGGGGUGCUAGACCCAUCCUUCCUUUCCCCUCGGGAAAUGGACAAUCACUCCCUUACUGCACGGUAAUGUUGAGGUUCUCAACAAUGUAGUGGGAUGAGGGCAAGAAAACUGCCUGGGUGCAAGCAAAAGCUGCAGCCCCACGAUACCUCCAGGAGGAACAGUGACUGGAGCCUCUGUCUAACUCCAAGGCCUUUUCAUCCUCCUUUUUAACUCCAGAUUGCUUUGGGGCACAUCAGCAGCUGACCAUUUUUGCUGCUCAGCUGAAAGUGAGGCUUCAACUUGAUGGCAGAGCCAUGGCCACAGGCAAUGCAGCAAUUCAUACCCUGCCUUUUCAGAUGGGCUUGGGGAAAAUAGUGAUUCGAGGGCACUUUGUUGGCUUGUUUGCUGAAUUUUUCAGAAAUAAGCAACAGCCUCUGGAGGAAUACAGCAGGUGUCACAUUUAUUUAGCACCUGCUCUCAAAAUGCUCUCCAAGUUCAAGUACAGGAGAGAAAUGGUAAAGAACAGAGAGCACAGUGUCUAAGGUCUUGCCCAAAAUACUAGCUACCAGAUGGGAGUACAGGCUGUGUGUAUGGCCAAAGCCUGAGCAUUGCAGCUGUGGAUGCACCUUGAAGUGAUGCUCACAAGCUCUUGUGAGACUUCUUGUUUGUUUCUUUUUUUUAGGAAUACACAACAAUAAAUGUUUUCUAGCUUAUUUCAGCUAAAAGGUCAAUAGAAAAGGUCUUGCUCUCUUUCCUGAGCUUUCUCAAAGUGUGGUGCUGGCUUUCCAGAAGAUACCUACCAUAUUGCAGAAUGUCUCUAGUCUUAGUUGUCUGUAUCCCUUCACGUCAGCCAUGAAAGAUUUCAGGCCCAGGUGCUUUGACUGUGUUUUCCAGCAGGCUCUGGUCCCGCUGGAUUCUGGGUUUCAGAUAACUCCCAUGUGGCUUGCCUCAUACCGGGUUAGUUAUGAGUCCCAUGUAACAGCUAUUGUGCUCCUGCUGAAGUACCGUGUCUGGCCACAGAAACCACUGGAGAAAUCAAAGGAAGGCUCAAAAGCCAUUUUGUUCAGGUGGGCCGGCUCCCCAGCCCUGCUGUGUCCAGCACCCUUCAGGACUGCUUGCAUGUCCCUGCUCCCAGCAUUUCCUGUUCUCCACAUGCAGCUCUCCCCCAGGAGAGUGAUGCUAUGCCGAACAUAGGUUCAUCAUCAUGUUUCAUUGCCAGUAUCUGCUAUGGCAGCCCGCAGAAAGCCCCAGCGUUGAGAGGAUGGCGGGGUACGUAGGGCAGUGGCGAGCUGACAGCCUGCCGAGCUCUGGUUUGCGUGCUCUCACGUCAGCAUGUGCGUGUAGGGCCAGCGGGUGCCAGGGCUCAUGGAUCUCCAGUGACCAUCCGCAUCUCUCCUAAACCAUCAUUAAAACAUGCAACCCCA